GAGACAUAAAAAAAAACAAAAUGAGAACGACACCAAAAGUAGAAAUCUGGAAGUCACCAGUACCAUAUCUCUUUGGUGGUUUGUUUUUGCUUGUUUUGCUUAUAGCUUUGGCAUUACUCUCAUUGGUCUGCACACACCAAAAGUCUCCUUCUUCUUCUUCUUCUUCUUCAUCUUCUUCGUCUUCUUCUUCAUCUUCUUCUUCAUCUAGCAAUAACAAUCCUAUCGACAAAGAUGAUGACGUCGGUGACAAGGAAGCUAAGACUAUUACAGAAGAGUACUUACCUAAGAUUGUCGUUAUUUUGGCCGGAGACGAUAUUCCUACUUGCUUGGCCGUUCCAGUAGUGAUUCCUCCACCGUCUUCCAUUUGUCGUUGUAACUGUGAUAAUGUUACUGUUGUCUGAGCCUAACCACUGACAUCUUCUUCUUUGUCUGCCAACAAAAAGAAUAAAGAUUUUAACUUUUGAGUAAUCAUCGGCAAUUUUGUAACAGUCGACAAUUUUUGUGGGGAUGUUAAUUAGUUUAGAUUUCAAGUUUUGUUUUAUUGUUUUAAUGCUUUCCUGCAUGCUCUAGUGCUUUUGUAUGU